AUGUCCUCAGUUCCUCCAGGUGGUCAACGUACAUUACAAAAAAGAAGACAAGCUAAGACUAACAAAGAUAAGCAAUUGAACCAAACCCCAACUUCUGCAAGAGCUGCUGGUGUCGAUGGUUCUUCCAAUUCCAUUUUAAAGAUCUACACUGAUGAAGCUAAUGGUCUAAGAGUUGAUCCAUUGGUUGUUCUAUUCCUUGCUGUCGGUUUUAUUUUCUCUGUCGUUGCUCUACAUGUUUUGACUAAGAUUACUGGUAAGAUCUUUUAA